AUGUGUGAAAAGGGUAGUAAUAAUUGGAUACCAGUUCAAACAUAUGAAUUUUGUGUUGCUGUUAUUAAUGAUGUUGAAUUAGGAAUACCAUCAAAACCAACAAAAGCACAAAAAGCUGAAGUACUGAUGUAUCCAGCUGAUACACUAGAUCAACCAAAAACUGAAGUCACAGAAUUACCUGCACGAGAUCAUUCAUGUACUAUUCUGAAUUUAAAAGAAGAUGAUGAAAUUUCAUUUCAUGUUCAACCUCUCAACGUAGUUCAUCCAAGUGAGUCAAGUCGACCAACAGAUGUAGUUAUCAUUGAAGAUCAUAUGGGUACACAUUCUUCUAGUUUCAUUAUCAAUUUACAAAUCGAAGUAGGUAAUGAUUUUUAUUCAUAUUUUUCUUUAUUAUUAUUAUUAUUAAUUGAUUUCAUAGGUGGUGAUAUUCAAAAUUUUGAUGGUUCAGGUGGUGAAAGUAUAUUUGGUAAAACAUUUGCUGAUGAAAAUUUCAAUAACAAGCACAAUAAAUCUGGUCUAUUAUCAAUGGUUAAUUUUGGUCCAAAUACAAAUGGUUCACAAUUUUUCAUUAGCUCAAUUGCAUUACCAUAUUUCGAUGAUACAUAUGUCGUGCUUGGUGAAGUUAUUAGUGGAAUGGAUGUAAUCAAUACGAUUAUGAAUUAUGAUAUAGCAAUAAAAGUUGGUCAAGAUUUUCAAUUACAUAUAUCUUAUAAAAACUAUGCACGAAAAGCACAAGCAGAAUCGUUAAUUGAUAAUACAGAAAAAUUAGUUAAUGAUGAUCGUGUUAAUGUUAAAAAAGACAAUGAUGAUAAUAAUAUAAAAUAUUAUGUUGUCGAAAGUUGUGAAACAGAAAAAUGGACAAAAGUUGGUUCAUCUAUUUCAGAUAGAACAUAUGAUAUUAGAGUUACUGAAAAUGGUAAUGGUAUUUCGGAAUCAUUAGUUGUUGACGCAUCCAUUAAAGCUAAAUGGUCAUUUAAACCACGUAUUGCAUCAAGUACAUCUAAAUGUGCACGACAUACACUUCCAAAUCUUGUUGAUGGAAAAGAAUAUGAAUUUCAUGUUGCUGCUGUUAAUAAAGCUAGUCCAAGAGAAUAUGCUAAAACUGAUGAACUAAUUCAAAAACGUUCACCGGAUGUAGUUUCACAUGCUGUUGAUUAUUCAUCAGCACUACAAGUGAUAUUUGCUAAAGAUAGUGAUGAUAUUAAACCAGAUGGUAAUAUUCAAGUAAUAGUUAAAGAUGGUGUUGCUGAACUUCUUGUACCAAAAAUGAAUGGUAAUGAUAGUGGACUUUAUUCAUAUCUAAUUUGUUCUGAUAUGAUGCUUAAUCGAUUUUGUUUACAAAUUUUGCCUGAAAUUCAUGAUAAAAUCAAAUGGCUUAAUCUUGAAUCAUCAUCCAUGAAACAUGUUUUAUGUGCUACAAAUUAUCCUAAUUUAUAUGCUCUUGGCCUUUAUAAUAUUGAUGAAGAUCUAAUUUAUUUAUCAUUAUAUGAAUCAUCGUAUAAAAAUCGUCUUCGAUUAUGCUUUGAUGAUCCACCUCCUCCUACUUUUCAUUCUUCAACUCUUCAGAAAUCGAAUAUCAAGAUUCGAUGUUUUGAUGAUUGUCUUUAUCUUCUCGAUGGUCGUUUUAAUCAACUUAACACACUCUUUGUUGAUUUGCUUAGUAUUCAACGUCCAGAGGAAAUUCAUAAUCAAAGCGAUUUACCAAAUCUAAAAUGUUUUUCUCUGUCCUGUAAUUAUGAAACAAAUUAUUACGAUGAAUUAAUCCUCCCACUUCUCUAUCGAAUGUCAAAUCUAGAACAACUUAGUUUGUAUAUUGCGAUCUUUGUUGAUGAAACAUUUAUUGAUGGAAACAAUUUGAAGAGAAACAUUAUUAAUCGUAUGCCACGAUUAAAUCAAUUUAGAUUUUAUAUUCGCUCACUCAUGCUUAUUCGUAAUCAAGUGAAUUUACCAUCAACAGAAGGUAGUCAAUGCACAUUCAUUGACUUUUCAAAUAAUAAUAUAAUUUCUAAUGUUAAUUAUUUUCCAGAGGCAAGAAAAGGCCGAUGUCACAUUUACUCAUAUCCAUCUCGAAUGCAAUAUUAUAGUGGUAUUACAAAUAAUUUUCCUGGUGGAUUAUAUACAUAUGUCCGUGUAGUGUUAUUAUUGGAUGAACAUCCUUUUGAACAUGAAUUUUUUCUGCGAAUUCAGAAAUCAUUUCCAUUUAUGGAACAAUUGAGUUUGAUUAAUCAUAAAUCACAAAAUCGCAAACAAUCUUCUGAAUUAAACAAUGAUAAUCGAAAUUUAUCUGUUAUUCAAUAUUCUUUUCUUAAUGCACUUGAUAUUGUCGAGGUCCAUGAUGAUUAUAUAGAACAAUUUCUAUUUGAUACUAAAACGCAUUUGCAAAAUAAUGUUCUCCUUUGUAUCAAUUACAAAUCUUUAAAACGAGUAACACACAAUUUCACAAGAGAUGCUACACGAAUUAAUUGUACCAAAAUAAAUGAAUUAAUACUAUUUGAAGAUUUUAGUCGUUAUCAUUAUUUAACACAUCAUAAUAUUACAAUAAUAGGUAUUGAUGAUGAUGAAGAAUUUCAAAAUACAGUUAAAGUUAUGCAAAUAAUGAAUAUGUCAAAUGAUGAUUUAAAUUCAAUAUUUUGA